CCCCUUCACACGCGCUACACGCUCCUCCUCCCACUCCCCGCUCCCCCGCACCAUUCGUCUCGUGCAAGUGCAACCAGCCACUUGCGUGAUGAUAUAUUGACUGCUCCAUCUCUCGUCUCGCGCUUCACUCCACAUCUGUUUCCAUCGCGAGCCACAGAGAGAGGGGGAGAGAGUGUGAGUGUGAGAUCACAACUACUGUAGUGUUUGUGUGUGCGUGGGAUGAUGGGGACGGAGGCUACGGCGACGACGACGGUGAGCGGCGGCAGUGGCAGGGCGGCGCCGGCAGCGCUGUGCCUGCAGGCGGCGCGCGGCGCGUGGUCGCGGACGAGCAAGGUGCUCGACGUCGACGCCGCGUCGCCCACGGCGGCGCCGUCGCUCGGGUCCUCCGUCGGCGUGCCGUUCCUCUGGGAGGAGGCGCCCGGGAGGCCUAAGGUGGUGGUGGUCGCGCCAGAACACUUCGCGCCGCCGCCGCCGCUCGCUCCGGCUGCCGACGAGAGGGCACCUGUUUCUCACGGCGGCGAGGCUGCGCCUGCGAGCGGUGGUGACCGCGGCGACGGUGACAAGGCGCGACACGUCGUCGUGCCGCUCAAGCUGCCGCCUCGGUUGCAGGCUGCAGCGGCAGCCGCGGCGGCGGCGGAUUCGUCGCUCUCCCCCAACACCGUGCUGCACGGCCCCUACGGUGGAAACAAGCCGCCGAGGCCGCUGACGAGGAGCGGGAGCACGGCGAGCCACCGGAGGAAGCCAAGCGCCGUCGGGGUGAGCCUCUGGAGGAAGGCCACGGCGGCGGCGAGAGGCAAGAAACACGACUACGACGCGGCGGCUCUGGACGCGUCGUGCCGCUCUCCGGCGUCGUCGUCCUCCUCCUCGUCAUCCUCGUCGUCCUCGUCGAUGUCCUACUUCGCCGACGACGACCACCGGAGGAAGGCUGACGGGCACGGCGACCCGGAGCCGGAGGCCGACGGCGAGGAGUGCGGCGCCAAGAGCACGGUGAGGAUCACGCGGUUCAAGAGGAACAAGAGCCUCCCGAGCGUGAACACUUCGCACCUGUGGGCAAGCAUCCGCAGAAGCGUCAAACAGAUUACUCCAUGGAGCUAGAAAUCCUGCAAACUCCCACGGUACAGUGUCACAAACUGUACCCAGACAUGCAGAUCAGGAAUGCUACAUCUGCAAAAUGUUGAGCUCUGGAAAUCACAAGGACAUCCGGAUGACAAAGCAUUCGCUGCUCAGUGUAAAAGAAGAAUUUUAGUCUGUAAAUCUGUAAUGCAAGGAUAAAGGGUUAAGUUGCGAAAAAAAAGAGAAAAAGGUCAUGUACUGAGUGAAAGAAUUUAGAGAGUUAGAUGAACCCUCCGCUCGUUGCUUCGGGAAUUUCUUUGUGUACCCUUUGUAAAUACCCCGGGAUGCUCAGGAAAACAAAAUGUAAUAAACCAAACAUUGGCUUGGCAAAGUCAUUUGAUCCCCUUGGAAGUAAUAUAAAGGGUUUAUGACUGCAAAACUCAUCAUACACUCUGAAUUCGUCGAAUGGAAACUUGAUUG